UGUAUCAGAAAGGAGGCGGACCUGAAGCCGAGGGGGAAGAAGGGGAUGUCAGCGUAGCCGCUUCAGGUCAAAUAAUAGCAUCACUCACAAAAGUGGAGGACACCCCGGCACAAUUUACACUUUGGCUCGUCUUGAUCUAAUAUUAUGCCAGCAUCACGCUGCAUGUGACAUGUUACAGCACAUUUCCCCGUGACCAGAGAUCACUGUCCCUCCACCUGCUGUAACAUUGGGGCGCAGCUCAAGCCCAGUCAUGGCUGCCAGAAACCAGAAACCUCCUGCCGAUUUAAAAAGCUCAGCUGAAGCCAAAAGGACGGACCAAAAGAACAAUGAGAAGAAGUGCUCUUGGGCCUCCUAUAUGACCAAUUCUCCACUUAUGAUAGUGAUGAUUGGAUUACCUGCUAGGGGGAAAACCUACAUGUCUAAGAAGCUGACACGCUACCUCAACUGGAUCGGAGUUCCUACAAAGGUCUUUAAUCUGGGAGCUUACAGGAGAGAAGCAGUGCAGUCAUACAAGUCCUAUGAUUUCUUCAGACAUGACAAUGAAGAGGCGAUGGAAAUUAGAAAACAGUGCGCCUUGGUGGCACUGCAGGAUGUUAAGACCUAUCUGAAUGAGGAAGGAGGCCAGAUUGUUGUUUUCGAUGCCACAAACACAACCCGAGAAAGGAGGACACUCAUCCUUGAUUUUGCAAAGGAAAAUUCAUACAAGGUGUUUUUUGUGGAAUCAUUAUGCGAUGAUCCAGAUGUCAUUGCUGAAAACAUUCUGGAAGUAAAGGUGUCCAGCCCUGAUUACCCUGAACGGGACAGAGAAAGCGUCAUGGACGAUUUUCUAAAGAGAAUCGAAUGUUAUAAAGUGACCUACCAGCCUUUGGAUCCAGACGAACACGACAAGAACCUGUCCUUCAUCCAGGUCAUAAAUGUCGGUCGCCGUUUCCUGGUGAACAGGGUGCAGGAUUACAUCCAAAGUAAGAUAGUCUAUUAUCUGAUGAACAUCCAUGUCCACUCCCACUCCAUCUACCUUUGCCGGCACGGAGAGAGCCAGCACAAUCUGGAAGGACUCAUUGGAGGCGACUCCGGUCUGUCAGAGAGAGGAAAGAAGUUUGCUGUGGAGCUGAAAGCUUUUGUGAAAGAACACAAGCUGUCUGAUCUGAAAGUCUGGACCAGUCAGCUGAAGCGCACCAUUCAGACUGCAGAAGAGCUGGGUGUUCCCUAUGAGCAGUGGAAGAUUCUGAAUGAAAUUGAUGCUGGAGUGUGCGAGGAGAUGACCUAUGCUAUGAUUGAGAAGAAGUAUCCAGAGGAGUUUGCUAUGAGAGACCAGGACAAGUAUCAUUACCGAUACCCUGGUGGAGAGUCCUACCAAGACCUGGUCCAGCGUCUGGAGCCGGUUAUCAUGGAGCUGGAACGGCAAGGCAACGUUCUGGUCAUCUGUCAUCAGGCUGUCAUGCGCUGUUUGCUCGCCUACUUCUUGGACAAGGGCGCAGACGAUUUACCCUACAUGAAAUGUCCGCUGCACACUGUCCUCAAACUCACCCCAGUGGCCUAUGGAUGUAAAGUGGAGAUGUUCGAUCUAAAAGUGGAAGCUGUUAACACUCACAGGGACAGACCUCUGAACAAAGUGAAAACAAACACCAUGCCGGCACCUUUGUUCCGUAGGAACAGCUUCGAUCCGCUGUCCAGCCAAGACCAAAUUAAACGGCCGCGUCUGUUCAGCAUGGGAAGCCUCACACACUCACACAUGUUCCCUUCUUUUCCUGCCUCACUCUUUUCUGAUGUGUCUGAGGGAGCUGAACUGCUGCAAAAUGAGGACCCUGUGAAUGGCUGUAGCACUCCAGAUACAGAAGAAAAAAACACAUAAGGAGGUAGUUUAAUCUAAUCUACCUCAAGAAACACCCGUCUCCUUCACAUCAGCGUUUCCAUGCCUUCCUUCUACCAACCAAGGCUGGUUCCUGUGUGAAUGUCCAAGUUUCGUGGAUCAUCGGUUAAAUUUUCAGCUUUCAUAUUCCUCUCCUGUAUUAAGAGCAUGUAUUUGUUGAGUUAAACCUUUGUGUUAUUUUGGGUGUGUUUGUUUAAGCAUGGUUUUGCACAUAUAUGUACGAGCUCACAGCUUCUGAAUGAUAUUUUAUCUGCACUGUGAUCGUGCCAAAUGCGCAAAAAGAUUUUUAGACUAAACUUGGAAUGUCAUAAUCUUUAACUGAGUCAGUAUAAAAGGGAAGAAAACGGCCUCUGCAGAAACAGCCUUGAUUUGUCCUCUGAUAGCUUUUCUAUUUUAACUUUCAUUUGUAAACAUUCCAUUGCAUUGUGUAUCCUUCCUUAUUGUAAUCUGACUGUGAAGUAAUUAUUCUCUUUUAACCGUGAUUGAAGCUCAUGCAGCUGCUUUUGUUAGAUUCAGCACACAGACACAAGCUCUAAAAAAGGAUUAAACACUGUCUGACCCUUUAAAAGUGCAAGAGGUACUUUAACUUUGCUUUAGUCAGAAAACAAUUCAGUUAUUUCUAUCUGUGUUGUGUUUGAAUGUAUCCUUCAUUUUAUAUUAAGACUCCAAAGAUAUAAACCCUUUCAGGGACUUCAGAUUGAUUCAAAGAAGUGUCAAAAUGUUCAUUAAUGCUGGAGUUUUGUUGAUGUUUGUAAAUUCCAUUUUGCAGCAAAUCUGUAAAUUGAAACAGUGCCUUUAUUUAAUUGAGUAAGAGUCUGUUAAGAAUAGCAAUUACUUGGAUUUAAAGGUCUACAAUUAGCUAAAUUGAAUUUAUGAAUGAAAACAAUAGUAAUAUAUUUGUAAAUUUUUAAAAAGAGCUUUAAAUUUUGCACACAAUUAUUU